AGAAAUUGACAAUGCAGAUAUGACUGGUCAUUUACCAAAAUGCCCUCCGAUGAACAAUUACAAAACUUUUUUUUUUGAAGCCUGCACAAUUACAAAACUUGAAAGCCGAUUUAUGUGAUGGCGGCAGCGUGUGAAGUGAGGGGCCGAAUGGAAUUAUGAUUUCGCCAGAACAGAGCCCCCAUUUCCAGCGCUGAUUCGUUGCUGUUAUCGUAGAUACAUAAUUUCGCUCUUUGCAAUUCGAAUCGGUUUUGGUGGAUCUGCGGAAAUAUCAUACGAUCUCGAAUAUUACUCGUCUAUUGGUGGAGCGGCUUGCAGUUAGAAUUACAUCUGAGGAUGAAAAAAGAAUAAGGUCUUAACUUAACUGACUUUGCAACUAUGUCUCAAGAAGAGGGUGAGAGUGGUGGGAUGCCAGAAAAUCAUGUGGCGGAUGUUGCAGAACACGAGACUAAGCAGCUUAACCCAGAUAGUUCCAUCGACAGUAAUCUCGUGAAGGAGAAUGGGCUCCAUGUUGGAAAUACACAUUCUAAUUACUACCAUGACGAACUUGUACAGAUGGUUCAGAAUGAAUAUAUGAAGUCUCAGGAUGAGGGGUUGAAGAUCCUUCUUGAAUCUGAUCAGCCUGACACACCAAAAGUACAGGAGCACGACUCACAGGCUGGGAAUGAUGAUUCUGAUAAGCCUGACCCACAAAAAAUAGAGGAGGUGGACUCAAGGGCUGGGAAUGACGAUUCUGAUCAACCUGACCCAGAGCGUGGCUCACGGGCUGGGGAUAAUGAUUCUGAUCGGCCUGACCCACAAAAUGUAGAGGAUCGUCACUCUGGGGUUGGGGAUGAUCUCAGAGAUCUCAGUGGAGAAAUUGAGUCACUGAAGAGAGAACUUCUUGAAGAAAGGCAAACACGAUAUGCUGCCGAGGAGGCUCUGAAACAUCUAAGAGCUGCACACUUGGAGGCAGAUACGAAAGCACAAGAGCUCGCUGCUAAAUUUGACGAAGCUCAAAAGAAGAUGGAUCAAGAAAUCAAGGAGCGGGAUGAGAAGUAUUCCGAACUUGACACCAAGUUCAACAGGCUUCACAAAAGAGCCAAACAACGUAUUCAGGAGGUGCAAAAGGAAAAAGAUGACCUUGAGGUUCAGUUCCGUGAAGUUAAUGAGAAAGCUGAUAUGGCUUCUUCCCAGUUGUCAGCAAUGAAGCAGGAGCUGGAGCGGACACGGCAACAUGCUAAUGAAGCAAUGAAAGCAAUGGAUGGGGAGAGGCAGCAAUUGCGAAGUGCGAACAACAAGCUCCGGGACAGCCUUGAAGAAUUACGUCAUUCUUUAAUUCCCAAAGAGAGUGCUUUGGAGGCAAUGCAACAAUCACUUAUAGAAAAAGAACAGAUGCUGGAAGACCUGCGAGGAUUAUUGCAGUUGGCUGAUGAAAAACGGCAAGCUUCACUUACAGAACUCUCUCUAAAGCAUCAGAAGCAAGUAGAGAAUUUGGAAUCCCAAAUUGCUGAGGUUUUAGCAGAGAGAAGCCGAGCAACUGAGACAAUUUCCUCUCUGCGGGCUCUAAUUGUGGAAAAAGACACCAAGAUUGCAGAGAUGGAUGCAGCUUCAAGUGGUGAAGCUGCACGACUUAGAGCUGCCAUGGAAACUUUAAAAGGAGAGCUCAACCAUCUGAAAAACGAACAUGAGAAAGAAAAAGAGGUCCUGGAAACUGCAUUGCAGUCCAUGAAAUCAAAGCUGGAGAUUUCUGAGAGUAACCGGAUACAUGCUGAAGUUGAAGCAGCAAAACUGAGAAGUCAAUUGGAGUCGGAACUUUCUGUGCAAAGUCAGCUGCUGAAUAAUAAAGAUUCUGAGCUAGUGGAAGCUAAUGACAAGAUAAAGCGCAUUGAAAGUGAAUUUGCUUCGUACAAAGUUCGAGCUCAUGCGCUGCUUCAGAAAAAGGAUGCUGAAUUAGCUUCUACAAGGGACAAUGAUCAAUUCAAAGCUCUUGAGGAAGCUCUGAAGGAUGCUGAAAAAGAAAUACUAUUGGUAACUUCAGAAAAGGAUAAAGCUCUCCAGGACCUUAAAGAUGUUCAGACAAAUUUGGAUAAGGAAAUUUUCACCAGAGAUGCAGCUCUUAGCAUAGCAGAGCAGCAGAUUAAGAGCUUGCAAUUGAAGUUUGACUCUACUCUUUCUAACCAUCAAUCUGAGAAAGAAGCAUGGGAUAAAAGCCUCCAAAAUGUGGAAGAAACAUGGCGAUUGAGAUGUGAGGCACUGGAAAGGCAAAAUGAAGAGUGUUCCAGUCAAAAUUUGGAAAAAGAAGUAGAUGAGCUGAAGUUACAAUGUAAAAAGCUGAAGGAUGAGCAACGUUCUUUUCAUGAUCUCGCUGAUAAAAUGAUGGAGGAGAAGGACAAAGAGAUUUCUAGGCUUUUGGAUGAUAAUGAGAACCUACGUCAGUUGCUGGACUCAAGGCCUUCUGUUGAAUACUCCGAGGACCAUACAGCUCUUCAUAAACAGGAAGCCUCAAAUUCUAGUACUUCAGCUGCAGAUCAACAGAUCCUAAUUUUGGCAAGACAACAAGCCCAACGGGAAGAUGAGCUUGCCCAAACGCAACGACAUAUUCUCGCACUUCAAGAGGAACUUGAAGAGCUGGAGCAUGAAAAUCGCCUUCACCGGCAGCAGGAAGCUAUGCUAAAAGAAGAACUUAGGAACAUGGAAAGAAUGCAGAAGAGGGAAGGAGUGGAUCUGACAUAUCUUAAAAAUGUCAUCUUAAAGCUUCUAGAGACAGGUGAAGUGGAGCGAUUGCUACCUGUUGUAGGAAUGCUUCUUCAGUUCAGCCCUGAUGAGAUGCAGAAGUGUCAACAAGCCUACCGCGCUUCAAAUGAAGUUCCACCUAGCCCUGCAAAUGAUUCUUCGCGAUCAGGGCCGUCUCUAUUCUCCAGAUUCUCAUUUGCAUAACAUGAUUGGAAACACUGGGAAUAAAAGAUGGAAAAGCACAGACCAAAUCUUACAGCCUUACUGGGAAAUUGAAUCAGAUAUUUUUGUAUUUUUUAUGUAGCAUAAAAUAUUGAGUAAAUGUAAUACUGUAAAACAUCUUUUGGACGGAAAUGGAAUACUUGCGAACUAAGCAGUUUGAAAUUGACUCAUAGUGUUGUACAGACGAUUUUCCUUCAACAUUCUUUGCCAAUUGAGCCAUGCUUCUUAAAUUUAAAGAAGGGCAGUUUUGUUU